AAAUCGGGAAGCAAUCCCUGGGAUUCGAUCUCGAUUUCCUCCGAGCAACUUACCUUUAUACGUUCUACUUCCAUGGUAACAUAUCCAGUGCCACAUAAAACAAUACCCCAUUGCAUUGCAUGCGCCCAUCGUGUCUUUUAAAUUCAGUCUCCCGCUCCGAUCUUUCUCUUUGUUCACCUAUUACAAUACAGUAUUUCUUUCUGUUUUCUCGUUUUCGUUGGUUUCUGUUAGGGAUGGGGAGGAAAAGAACGUCACCGGUGAACGUGCUGUUCGGAUGGAUAAGGAGGCAGUCAAUGAAGGUCAAAAUAUUCCUGGGGACGUUGGCGGCGCUGGGAUCCCUGGUGGCUUUGAAGUACCUUGUUCGAGACCAUGGCUCUUUCUUUGUUGCGUCUGAAGCCAUCCAUGCCUUGGGAAUCCUGGUAUUGAUUUACAAGCUCAGUACCAAGAGGACCUGUUCAGGCCUGUCGCUUAGAUCUCAAGAAGUCACUGCUAUCUUCCUUGCUGUAAGAUUGUUUUGUAGUGUCAUCCAUGAGGCUGACAUUCACACAGUUCUCGAUCUUUUAACUCUCCUCGCUACAGCAUGGGUUAUAUACAUGAUCCGAUUCAAGUUGAAGUCAACCUACAUCAAGCAGCUAGAUAACUUCCAGAUACUUUAUUUGGUGGUGCCUUCUGCUCUCCUUGCUAUUCUAAUCCACCCUCAUUCAAGAUUGGGAUCUUUAGGUGGAAUGGUUUGGGCAUUUGCUGUUUAUUUGGAAUCAGUUUCGGUGUGGCCUCAGCUUAAUAUGAUGCAGAAAGCACAGAUGAUCGAACCAUUUACAGCCCAUUAUGUAUUUGCACUGGGUGUUGCAAGAUUCUUGGCAUGUGCUCAUUGGAUUAUCCAGGUUUAUGAGACUAAUGGAGCUCAUUUUAAAUUGAUUGGAUAUGGGCUCUUCUGGUUCCCGAUGGCUAUCGUUGCAGAAGCUGUUCAAACAUUCAUCUUGGCUGACUUCUGUUACUAUUACAUAAAGAGUUUCAUGGAGGGUCAUCUUAUAACGAAGCUACCAGUUUAGACCUGAUUAUAGAGAGUUAUUUGAUGCUUGAUAUUCCCUUUUUCUUUUUAUAUCCUUUUCUUUCUUGCUUUGGGAUGAUAAAUAUACAAUUUACACCAUU